AUGCGCAUAUCGACUCAACCAGAGAAGGGCCCUACGUCUAUCCGGGAUGAGACCAACACACCCAAAGCCGACAUGAUACAUAUCGAAGAAUCGCCUCAGAGCGAGCGUGUUAUGCGAUCCACGGCCGACGUACUCACAGUCUGGCAAGCCGUGAAUUUGUACAAACUCGUCACAGUGGUAGCGAUGACUGCAGAAUUCUGCGCCUCUCUGGACGGCUAUCACACUACCUUGAACGGUAGUAUCGUCUCCGGUAAAGACUUCGUCAGAAGUUUGCAGAACCAGAGUCCUUAA